ACAACUUACAACAGUACGGUUUCCCACAAAACUUUGGAGCCAGGGUUUUAGCAAGGGGUUUGCAGAGCUCGUCUCCACCUCUAUCUAGCUAUCUAAGCACAGAACCCAGAAAGAAAGAAAGAUCACCUAAGGUUUCGCCAGUCUCCAUUAACUGUAAGCACUCAAACUCCUUGCUUUAGUCAAUUUUUUUUGUUGGUAGUUGAUGAAAUAAUCUGAGAAUCAAUGACAUAAACCCACCUGAUAAACCCUACCCCAUAAACCCCAGAUGCAUCAUCGGGGCAUUUCCAUAUUCACCCACCGGAUUCUCACAAAUUACAACUUUGUCCGCACCGCCACCACCUUCUGCUACUACUCCUCUCACUCCAAUCCCCUAACCCCUAAACCCAAUGGGUCUCGCCUCUUUUCCUUCACUCCGCGGCACCACCACCGCGCACCACCAGACCCCGAUGACCCGUCUCACCUCAUGAAGGAAGAUGGUGUCUCUGUUUGUUCCCAAAUGUGGAUUGAGAAUUUCCGUGAACCUGAUAAGGUAGUCACUAAUUUGUCCUCCUAUUUACGCCGUUUUGAAUUGUGGGUUUUAGCUUACCAAAAGGUUUGUGCUGAUGAGAUGGGUGCUUAUAUGCCCCGGAGCUCAAUCCAAAGGUCGGCUCUUGAGGACCUUUUGGCAUUGAGAAAUGCUGUUCUAGAUAGUAGGUUUAAGUGGGGAGCUAGGUUGGAUUUUUUUAUAAAAUCUCCUAAGGAUAAGACUGAUUAUGGGUCGUUGUCGAAGAGGAAGAUUAGGGCGAUUUUAACGACCACCCAACCGCCUGCGUUUCAAGAUAGGAUAGUUCAGGAGGUGUUGCUUAUGGUUUUGGAGCCGGUGUAUGAGGCUCGGUUCUCGCAGAAGUCAUUUGCAUUUAGGCCGGGGAGAAAUGCUCACACAGUUUUGAGGGUGGUAAGGAGGAGUUUUGCAGGGUAUUUGUGGUAUAUAAAGGGUGAUUUGAGCACAAUUUUGGAUGGGAUGAAAGUGGGGAUGGUGAUAAAUGCUUUGAUGAGGGAUGUGAGGGAUAAGAAAGUGAUUGAUUUGGUGAAGUCAGCAUUGGUUACUCCGGUGAUUACUAGCAAGGUUGACGAUGGGGAGAAGAAGAAAAGGGUAAAGCGGAAGCAUCAGAAGAAGAGGGUGUUGGCGGAGGACGAGCCAAAACCUGACCCGUAUUGGUUGGAGACAUUUUUUGGGUUUGCCCCAGAGGAGGCAGAGAAGCAUCCUUCAUGGGGGCAUUGUGGGAUUCUAAGUCCACUAUUGGCUAACGUUUGUCUGGAUGAAUUGGACCGCUGGAUGGAGGGGAAGAUUAAGGAAUUUUUUCUUCCUUCAAAGAGUGAUGUCAUAUGGAAUAGUCCCGAGGGGGAAUCUGAACGAGGGAAUACGUCUUGGCCGGAAUUUGUUCCAACCAGUGGGCCGGAUAAGACCCGGAAGAUGGAUUAUGUUCGGUAUGGGGGUCACAUUCUAAUUGGUGUUCGGGGACCUAGAGCAGAUGCAGCAACAUUAAGAAAGCAGUUAAUUGAGUUUUGUGAUCAGAAGUAUAUGCUUAAGCUUGACAAUGAGAGCCUUCCUAUUGAACACAUAACAAAGGGCAUAAUGUUCCUUGACCAUGUCUUGUGUCGGAGAGUGGUGUACCCUACUCUACGUUACACCGCUACUGGUGGGAAGAUCAUCAGUGAGAAGGGUGUGGGAACCCUUUUGUCCGUUACUGCAAGCUUGAAACAAUGCAUCAAACAAUUUAGGAAGUUAAACUUUCUCAAGGGGGAUAGGGACCCAGACCCACAGCCUUGUUUUAGAAUGUUCCAUGCCACCCAAGCUCACAGCAAUGCACAAAUGAACAAGUUCUUGUCAACAAUGGUUGAGUGGUAUAGGUAUGCAGACAACCGAAAGAAGAUAGUGAACUUCUGCUCUUACAUUAUAAGGGGUUCACUUGCAAAGCUAUAUGCUGCAAAAUACAAGCUCCGCUCACGAGCAAAAGUGUACAAGAUUGGUUCUCGGAAUCUGAGCCGGCCUUUGAAGGAGAAGAAAGGGCAGUCACCUGAAUACCAUAAUUUGCUGAGGAUGGGUCUUGUUGAGUCAAUUGAUGGGCUUCAUUUCACCAGGAUGUCCCUUGUACCUGAGACUGAUUACUCCCCUUUCCCAAAUAAUUGGAGACCUGAUCAUGAGAAGGCAUUGCUUGAGUAUAUAAGGCUUGAGGAUCCAAAAAGUUUGGAGGAGCAACGAAGUUGCAUUAGGGAGCAAGGUCUUGUUUCACCUCAGGAUUACAUUUCGAUGCUUGUUUGGAACUACAAAAGGAAUGCUAUCAUGUUGGAUAAGCUUUCCCUAUUUAAGAGUGAUGGCAUAAAUGCAGUAAAAGGUCAACAGUUGCUUCUGGGCUCAAACCAGGAAGUCCAUGAUAAUGAAACCAAAGAAAUGGAAGAAAAUGAAGGGAUUCAUGUGGCACAAAUGUAAAGCUACUGUUAUACUCUGUAUUUGGAAAGUGAAACCAUCAACUACUGUGCCUUGUAUUGUUUGGAGAAAGCAAAACAGAUGAUUUCCAAAGUAAGAGAGAAAGAACUCAAAUGUAAAUUUCAUGUGGCAGAUAUGCAUCUUUUAUGCCCUGUGCUUGAAAGGCAAUUUUUU